AUGGCCUUACACCGCGGCAUCCAAUCCGCCAUCUUCUACUACCUCUCCUGCGCCCCCUGCAGCGAUGCGCGAUACCGCAAGAAGCGGAAACAAGAGGCCCAGCGCGACCGGGCGGAUCGGGAGUUGCUCGAGGCGCAGAUGCCGGAUCUGUAUCGGCAUCCUUCACCCAGCUCCACGAAUCCGUAUUGGCAGGCUGAGAUUGCGCUAGGGCCGCAGCCGGUGAGUAGGAAUGGGAAGAAUAGGAAGACGCCGACGGGUGAGAGUCAGCGAGGCGGGAAUGGGAAUGGGAAUGGGGUGUUGAGGACGAGUGCGACGCAGAGUAGCAAUGCGAGUAUGGUUGCUAGCAGUGUGGAUGUGGCGCGGACGUGGAGUAGUCCCGAGUACAGGAAUGAGAGCACGUCGAGUUUUGCCCAGCAUCAACGGGAUGAUGAGCCGUUGUGGGGGGUGGAAGAGGAGAGAAAUAUGCCGUACCGGAAUCGGCUGCGUGGCUCGAGUAAUCCAGAUGAACCUAUUAGACCUGCGAAGGCGAGAACGAGGGAUCCUACGAUUUAUGAGGCGCCUUAUAAUCCUACGAUCAACGAUCAGCACCCAGCGACCGUGACGAAAGUGAAAUCACAAGAUGAUAUUGCGUGGAUGCUUCAGCCGCCGCCGGUGGCAGAUGUCAUGAGUGGGAAGCGGCCGCCACCGAGUAGGAGUGGGACGACCAGCAGUAGACGCUCCGCACACAGUGCUGGAACCUCACAACGGGGUAGUAAUAGAGUCGAAGAGCUUCGAUUACCGACUGGAAGCUCUUUGCUCUCGACAGCAUCCCUGAACAGCAAUAUCCUCCCCGCGCAAGGCCAACGGCACGAUAGAGAUACCAGGAUAGAAGAACGGGAUUUCGCUACCGUGCCGGAGACGAGAGGGAGACGUCGACCACGACCUCUCGAAUUCAAAAAUGCUUCUGAGGAUUCCGAACUCACGGUCCUGCAUCGACCGUCCGUGGUUCCUGAACCGAUACGAAUACGUCGCGCUGCUUCUUCCCGACCACAAUUAACAACCAUCAUGUCCGACAACAUCACCUCAGCAACAGCAUCAGGCACCGAAUUCUUCAUCCCGGCUCAAAAGCCAAAGGAGAAUAGUCUACCAAGCCGUGCCCGUCAAACCGAAGCAGACGCCUCCUCCUCGGACGAUCGCGACAGGAUCUCCCGCCGUCUAGACAUGAUCCCCGGCAACGGCGCCGACACCCCCAUCCGCCUCCUCCGCCAAGACCUCGGUCCCAAGACGCCAGCAACGUUACAUACACGUAUCUUCGCCUCGACGCCUGGAGCGGGUCCGGAAGGUCGAUUGAGGAUCCCUGCCGCUGCUGUGGAGGGGGGGAGUGAGGAAGUGGAUGAGAGGCGGUUGACGGGUGGCCCGGAGUUGUUCGAUAGUUGGUACACGCCUGAUUUCGAGUUGAGUGAGUGGGUGCAUGAGUAUACGAAGAGGGAUCGGGGGGAGGUGAGGCAUCGGUGGUCGAUGGAUAUUUGA